ACAUGAUCGAAAUGUCGAACGAAGCAGAGCACCGUUGUGUCACUGAUAUAGAACGAGAAGUAAAACGUGUUGAAAACAAGUUGAGAGUAUGUUGCGAUUCAUUGACGAUCAAAAGGAAUAUUUAGUUAAAUUUUUAGUAAAUUCAAGAUGUUCUUAUCACGUGAAAAGUUCUGUUAUGUGUUUUAUGAUGAAAAGCUUGGAUACGUAAAAGAAAGAACCAAGAAUGUGAAUGCCGCUAUGACGGCGAAUCGCAUAGUUGUACUUCUCGUAUUUGUAUCUGGUAUCGCAGUUGCUGUUAUCGGCACGUUAUUGUCUCAAUAUAUUCGCGGUUUAUCAGAUCAUAAUUAUCAUCACGUAUUUAUUCCGCUUCCGUCGGAAAGUGUAUUAAAUGUCUACGAUGAAAUAUAUUUAGAUGUGGCGUUACCAAGAUCUCAGUUGGAAAUCGAAAAUAGCGCAACAUCAACCGCUGAAGCUUUAACCUCGUUACAUUUAGCAUUAGAAAUGAAAUUAUUAGGCAAGCAAAAGAAAGCGAUUAAAUUAUUUCAGCAUGCUGUAGCUUUGGCACCGUGUCAUCCGGAUAUCUUAAAUCAUUAUGGCGAGUUCUUGGAGUACACGCAAAACGAUGUGAUCAAAGCGAACGAAUAUUACGUACGUGCAUUAAGUUAUCAACCGAAUCACGAAGGAGCAUUGAUAAACAGUCAGAGAACGGCUAGGGUAGUUGAAGAAUUGGAUCGAAGGAUGCUUCGACGCAUAGACGAGAAAAGAAACGCAUUAUCCGCGAUACCUGAUAACAAUGCGGCAUUGAUACGCGCGAAGAAAGAGGCUUACUUCCAACAUAUUUAUCAUACGGUUGGCAUCGAGGGAAAUACGAUGAAUUUGGCUCAGACCAGAGCAAUCGUUGAAACUCGUACAGCGGUUGUUGGUAAAAGCAUCGACGAGCACAACGAAAUUCUUGGCUUGGAUGCUGCAAUGAAAUAUAUCAAUGCGACUCUGGUCAAUAGGGUAGGAUCAAUUUCUAUUAAGGAUAUAUUGGAGAUUCAUACGCGUGUUUUGGGACACGUGGAUCCUGUACAGGGUGGUCAAUUUCGACGUACUCAAGUUUAUGUGGGUGGUCACAUACCCCCCGGUCCUGGAGAUAUUCAUUAUCUUAUGGAAGAAUUCGCAUCAUGGUUAAAUAGUGAGAGAGCUAUUCGAAUGCAUCCAGUCAGAUACGCAGCACUGGCACAUUACAAGUUGGUACAUAUACAUCCAUUCUCCGAUGGAAAUGGUAGAACUUCGCGUUUGCUUAUGAACAUGAUUCUCAUGCAAGCUGGUUAUCCACCGGUUAUUAUCCAUAAGCAACAUCGACAUACGUAUUAUGAAAAUCUUCAAAUAGCGAAUACUGGAGAUGUUCGACCGUUUGUUCGAUUUAUAGCCGAGUGUACGGAACAAACGUUGGAUUUGUUCUUAUGGGCAACCAGCGAGUUCUCUAGACAAGUUCCAGCGCUCAGUCAAGAUACCUUGUUCACCGAAAAACGUAAUACGGUUAUUUUAGAAGAUGAUUUCAGAAAUGGUGCUACCAAUACCUUUGAUACCGAUUAAUUCUCGAAUCGUCGACACGAUUUCAAAUGAACACGUAUAUCAUAUAUAAUAUGUAGCCGUCUCAAUUGUAUUGUGCUUUUGACAAUUUUUCGACGAUUCAAGAAUUAAUCGUUUCGGUAAUUUUUUAUACUACGUUUUCGAGUACUACUGUUUCGCUAAACCAAAGAUUCUGAUUUCCUAAAUCGUUUUCUUUCGUUUCGUUUAUCGUAUUACGUGUCUCUUAUGUUUGAAUCAAAACUUCCGAUUCGCGAGCCUCCAAUUCUGCUUCGAAUUACCAAUGAUGCAUCUUUUUCUUUUUUUUUUUUUUUUGCUUGAAUGUACGAUCCGUUUUUAGAAGAUCAAAAUACGUUUCCACUUUCGUACGAUUGCAUACGUUUUAUUCAUCUAUAUUUAAGAUAGAUAAUGUAUCUUUCCCUUUUUUUUUUUUUUACAAUUCAUAAAAUGCAUGAAUCCAUUUUAAAGAAUUAAUCAUGUCCCAAUGUUGGCAAUGCGAUUCGAAAAUAUGCUUCCAUUUGUAAUUUCUGUUAUUUUUUAUCGUAUGAAACAGUCAACAAAGAAAAACAGCGAACAGUGUGAAACUCAAUCGAAGACUGUGAUCUAAUGUAAGAAUUAACAACGUUAAGCUAACAUAUAUUUAUUAUAAUUAGACGACUUUUAAAUGUCGAUAUUGAAUGUAUCUUGAAAAUGUAUAAAUUUAUGGAUAGUCGUGUAAUUAAUUGCUACUUGCUGGACAAGUUACUUUACGAUACGAUGUAGAUACAUCGAUUUUUAAUAAAUCCUUAUUUUGUAAA